AUGUUGACAAAACUUCGAUCUGUCAUGAUACCAUACACUCACAGUUACAAUGCCCGGGGCUAAGGAUGGAUGUGUCACUUUCUAAACAAUUAGUUGUUGCAGUGUACUAAAUUUGGCAAUUAACACAAACCUAAAUAGUGCGGGGAACUAAAAUGGCGAAUCUGUUAAAGCGAACAUUCAGCUCCAUCAACAGUAGGGAGGCGCCAAGCAGCAGCGGUGAUGGUGCGCCUUCAGCCAAGGAGGACGGCGACACCAUGAACCGGGACAACGUCUCCAACAAAAUUGCCGCCGGCAUGGACCGGUGGCAAAACACAUUCGAGGAAAUGAUCAAUCUACGUUCCUCACACAGCCAGGCAUUCAAAGACAACUACUGGGCACAAAACGCGUUCGAUGAACUUAGGCGCUAUGUGAAACAAGGUAGCGAUUUCAGCAAGGAACUCGCCGCAAUAUUACAAGAGAGGGUCGAAGCAGAAAAUUACUAUUCGAAAUGCUUGGCCAAGCUCGGUACGAAACUCAGCAAGGCUUGCAAGGAGAGCGUCGGUUCUUGCGCAGAAGCAUGGAAACAUGUCGCUUUGGAAAUGGAAAAACGAUCGGAAAUCCAUAGAAAUUAUUCCAAUUCUCUGGCGGAUGAGUUAGUAAAACCAAUGAAGCACGUCGCGGACAAUCAGUUGAAACUGAGAAAAAAGAUUGAAGGUAAUGUUGAUAAAACGACGCGGACCCUCACGGAGUGGAGAACUGCUGAAGCGAAAUCAAAGAAACAGUCCCAUACGGCUGCAAGAGAAAAUGAAAAGCUACAAGACGCAUCUCUGGAGAUGAGUCGUAUAUCCCGUAGUUCAAGCGUUGGCCACAUUCCCCACUCAAUUUUGAGUACUGCUCGUGCCGAGAGGCAUGCAAAUGCUUCCAGUGAAAAGGACGCGGCGAAGCUACAAGUGAAAAAGAGGAAGACAGAAGAUGCAGUGAAAAAGACUGAAGUUGAAUAUUAUAAUGUUUGCGUGCAUGCUGAACGCUCUAGGUUAGAAUGGGAAUCAAGUGUUGUAAAAGGCGCUGGUAUGCUGGAGUCUCUUGAGGAGGAAAGGCUAGCUCAGCUUAAGACAUCUGCUGAUUGCUACUUAAGACUUACUGCUGCGGUGGCACCCCAACUAGCAGAAUCUACUAAUACAUUAGUGGGCCCCAUAAAGAAUGCGAAUGCUAAUGUAGACAUGCGAGUUGUGCGCGGCGUCCGCUCGGUGCCAGCUGGCGCCAGUGAGCAACUUCUGCCGGACUUCUACUGUGAACACACGACACUCGCUAUGAAUAGAGAACGACGUAAACAGGCACUUUUGAAAAUCCUUCAAUUGGUAAAACAAGACAUAGAUCGUGAACGCAAAUCAAAACAAGGAUUAGAAAAACUCUCUAUGGCCAUGAAACAAACACCGACCUUCGGCAACGACGACUCUCAACAAAAUGUUGCUGACAAACUUUAUCACGUAAGAUCAAUGUUAACGUAUCUAGAAGCAAUAAGGUAUAAAAUAACAUCAAGUCUGAAUGAGCUGGAUAGUAGGCCAUCGGUACAGCAUCCACUCUCAACACACAUACAAAUUGUUAGAGAUAAACAGGGCCUACAGCAAAGUAUAUUAAAGGUACCGCCAUGGCUUCAAGCAGAUUACCAGAAUGAAGUGAACAAAAAUUUACAACCAAAUUACACAGCGUUAUCGAAAAGCGUGACCGGGGGCGAAGAGAGGGAGCGUCGGGACUCUAUAAUGAGUCGGGCAUCUUCUAAACUACGCAUCGAGCACUUGUCAUUUCGACGUAACACUGAGAAUAAGAGCGCGCCGGUGACGCCUGUUUGCGUUGAGGUGCCGCCGCCGCCGAAACCGCCGACUCCAGAGUCUGCGCCGCCGGAAAGUCCGCUCGAUUGGAGCGAACGUGGCGCGGGCGAUGGUUUAUCCAAUCAACACGACAGUGACUUUGAUGAGUUUUCGUCGCAGAGCGACAGUUCAACAGAUCUGACAGACAUUAUGAAAGUAGAGGAGAAUGGCGACGCCACUGCUACCUCACAGGCUAUCGGCAAAUGCCGCGCCCUGUACACCUACGAGGCUAGACUCAACGACGAGCUCAACCUGACACCAGGAGACAUAAUUAAUAUAUUCGAUAAGCAGGAUGAUGGCUGGUGGUCUGGAGACCUGAAUGGCUGCUACGGAAUAUUCCCAUCGUCUUAUGUUGAAGAAAUCACAACUUGUAUAUAAUAAAACUACAAAUAAUAGCAAUAACACAUUUCUUAGAAGCCAUUAUACUUUAUGAAAUGCAAUCUUUUUUAUAAUCCUCAUCUCAAACUUUCGUUGCUUUCUAUGGAGCCUAGAACUUGUUCUAGA